AUGCCUGUCGCUCGUACUCGGCAACGACUAGCCAAUAACGAAAACGAUGAGAACUCAGUGGCACAGACUACCCGUCUGACUCGCGCAAAGGCCGCCGGUCUGGCCAACACCGAAGACACUACCCUGGCCGCGAAGAAGCCUCUGCAAACCAAGAAGUCCGCAGGGGGAACACUGAACGGGGCUACGAGACGUCGUGCGCUAGGAGACGUGACCAAUGCCGCAAAAGGUGUCGAAACUGUUUUGGACGGGAAGAAGGCAACGGCAGGCAAAGUUGGAUUGCAGUCAAAGGUCGCUCAGCCGGCCGCUGGUGGUGUCCAGAAGCUCUCCCGAACCAACUCCAGCAGGGCUGCCCUCGGUGUCAAAGACAAUAAUGUCAAAUCCAAGACCUCUUCGACGGACAUCAAGAAACCGGGAAGCGGCUCUGGUGUCCUCGGGAACACUGGCAAGAGACGGACACAAGCUUCCAUUUCGACCGCACAUUCGUCGAAAGAUGUCACUCCUGACGUUGAAGAACCCCCUCGCAAGAAGUCCUGCACGGAGGAAGCCGUCGAAGAAGCCCAAGCUCAGACCGAGGAUAUCUCUGACAUUGUUGCCGACCUUGAUGCCGAAGACCUAGACGACCCGUCCAUGUGCGCCGAAUACGUCCGCGAGAUCUUCGAGUAUUACUUCGCCCUCGAAAACACCACGCAGCCUAACCCGAACUACAUGGAUCACCAAGACGAUCUCGAGUGGAAGAUGAGAGGGAUCCUCGUCGACUGGUUGAUCGAGGUGCACACUCGCUUUAGGCUCCUGCCUGAAACCUUGUUCCUGGCCGUCAACAUCGUCGACCGCUUUCUCUCACAGAAGGUCGUCCCUCUCGACAAGCUCCAGCUCGUGGGCAUCACUGCUAUGUUCAUUGCCUCCAAAUAUGAAGAAGUCCUCUCACCUCACGUUGGCAACUUUGUCCACGUCGCCGACGACGGCUUCACAAUCGAAGAGGUCCUGAGUGCUGAGAGAUACACCUUGUCAACACUCAAAUACGAUCUUAGCUAUCCCAACCCCAUGAACUUCCUGAGAAGAAUCUCCAAGGCCGACAACUAUGACAUUCAGACCCGCACACUGGGAAAGUAUCUGAUGGAAAUCAGUCUGGUCGACCACCGGUUCUUGGAGUACAAGCAGAGCCAUAUUGCCGCCGCCGCCAUGUACCUUGCUCGCAUGAUACUUGAGCGUGGUGGAUGGGACGCAACAUUGACCAAAUUCGCUGGCUACAACGAGGAGGAGAUUCUGCCGGUCUUCGACCUCAUGAUCAGCUACCUGGAAGCUCCUGUCGCACAUGAAGCGUUGUUCAAGAAAUACGCGUCCAAGAAGUUCCUCAAGGCAUCAAUUUUGGCCAGGAAAUGGGCUAAGGACUACGGUGCCAGCCGCCGAACUGGUGGCUUGUCACACCACGAUGCCAAGGUUGCACAAUAG